AUGAGCAACUUCCCUAUAGUCCGCUCAAAUUCUUAUAUUUUAUAUCCCCGCGCAAGGGACAUGCAUUCGGGGGAAGCUAUGGUUCCUACAUUGAGUAGAGUUUCAUCUGUCCCAAAUCUGCACAAUAUGCAUGUUUCUGAUGCAUUCAGGCCGGGAACUCUUUACAAAUACAGACGUGAUUGGAACCCGUUAGAAGCAAGUAUAACUGACACAAGUCACCAUUCACCUCUUUUCUGGGUUGAUAGACGCUUCUCAGGUAUUCUUGAUGUUUAUUUUAAAAAUUUUCAAAAAAUAUUCACAGCUCGUCGCUACAUGAACACUGACCCAAUUCCUGAUUCCUUAGGCCUAGAUUACCCCAAUUUUUGGUCCCGCUACAAAUUCUACUCUGACUAUCUUGAACCAAAGUAUUGGCGCCGGCACCGCGACCCAAACUAUGACCGUCCCUUAUGGAACUCUUGGAAACCCUACAUUUUGGACGGGAAAAACCAAAAACAGGCUAUUGACAUGUAUCGACAAGGAUUAGUUUCUUUUGCAUAUUUGGACAAAAAUUGGAUUACUCCAUGGGCACUUGGACGAAAAGAAAAAGAUUGGAAUGAAGUUUACCCUCCAGCUGGUAAAUAUGGGGCUAGACGUUAUAUGUACUCUUGGGCCUAA